UAAACCCUUUUGAUGUGGGUGCCUAUUUUCCUGUCUUAAACCCUUGUCAACUCACUUCAUCCUCUCGCCCCUAAAUUCCGCAAUCUUCCUAAUUUCUCCACCGGUAACUUUUAGCUCUGCAUUCUCUCAGUUUGAUUUUCACAAUGUUAGAUUAUAGUUUUGGGGAUUGUAAAACAGCGGCGUGUCUGCAGAGGAGCUCGAAGGUUUUCUUCUCGACUGAUUCAUUCAGAGAGGCCGGAGUUACAGCUCCAGGGCGUUGAUCCCAGGAAAGGCUGGAAUUUCCGCGGCGUGCACCGUUUAUGCUUCUGAUUCUAUUCAAUGAUCGCCUCAGCUGAUUUAUAGGAGUAUCAUUAGUUAUAAUACUUUAUUAUAUUCAGAAUUUCAGAUACAUUUUGGUCAAAUUGAGACUACUCUAAUUUCCUAGGUUUAGCUUUCUAUUGUUUGAGUCUUUCAUUGUUCAUUUGAGAUGUUAUCAUGUGAUCCUGGAGCUUUAUCGGAGAACUGCAUCAUUAAUCGAGAACUAUCAAGUUUGGAAUACAUUCGUGGAAUUUCUUAUCUUGCAUAGGAUCCUAGUCAAUUGUGUGGUUUAUUUGCUUGAUUUAUCAAAUAUUAUGUAUGAAGAUCUGCUUAUUCACUAAUCACUAGGACAUCUGUUUUCGCCAGGCUACUAUAUGCGGAAAAGUUGGUCAAGCCCCCAUCCAGAAGAUCUUGAGGAAUGGUAAAACUGUAACCACAUUCACUGUAGGAACUGGAGGUAUGUUUGAUCAGAGAACCGUAGGUUCUCAUGACUUGCCAAAACCAGUUCAGUGGCAUCGUAUUGCAGUUCAUAACCCUAUGCUUGCAGCCUAUGCAGUGCAACAAGUUGUGAAAAAUUCUUCAGUUUACGUUGAGGGUGAUAUUGAAACAAGAGUCUACAAUGACAGCAUCAAUGGAGACAUAAAAAGCAUACCAGAAAUUUGUGUGCGCCGUGAUGGAAGGGUUCGGCUUAUAAAGGCAGGGGAAAGCAUGGACAGUAUUUCCAUUGAUGAGCUACGUGAAGAAUUAUUUUAGUGAUAUCCAGUAAAGCAUGUGGGGCUGAUGAAGAUCUCAAAAUAACUCAGCCUUGAAUACGUUUCUCCUUUCUAUUGAUAUUUUUCUUAAAUUUUUAGCGUGUAACGGUUAUAACUUAGAAUAGAUAUAAUUCAUAUUUGACAGAUCAUGCUGGUGUCAAAUUUGAAUUUUAAUGAUUGACCCUGCUGUAGAAUGCAUAUUACUUGACCCUUUGCUUAUCAGUACUGUUAGGAGGUUCAUAAAUCAUAAGAAACUUUUGCCAUGAUAGCAAUCUUGUCAUCA